AACUUGAAAGUGUAUAGCUGGAUCCCUUGAUUUUUUUACCAGAAACUUCCUGCUUACCUGACCUCACAGUGACACUGCUUCUUCUUCCCCUUCUUUAAAAUCCCACUUCAACACACCUCCUCUGCCUCCCAAACAAACAACCAUCCAACUCUGCAACUAUGUCUUUCCUUGCAUGUUUAUCUCUCUUCCUUUCUCUUUCUCUUACAAUACUCUCUGUUUCUUCCCAACAAUUACUCUUCCCUUUAACUCACCCACUCUCUAAAACCCAAUUCUCAUCAGCCCACCACCUCUUAAAAUCCACCGCCACCCUCUCCGCCGCUCGCCACCGUCGCCACUCCAAUAAAAACAAACAACAAGUAUCCCUCCCUUUAUCCCCUGGAAGCGACUACACCUUAACCUUCACUCUCAACUCCCAAACGAUGUCUGUUUACAUGGACACAGGGAGCGACGUCGUUUGGUUCCCCUGUUCUCCUUUUGAAUGCAUCCUCUGUGAAGGUAAAUACAAACCCGGUACUCUCUCCCCUCUCAACGUAACCAAAUCAUCUCUCCUCUCAUGCAAAUCACCUGCUUGCUCUUCCGCUCACUCUUCUCUCCCUUCCUCUGACCUCUGCGCCAUUGCAAAGUGCCCUCUUGACGAAAUUGAAAUAUCUGAUUGUGCUAAUUUUGCAUGCCCUUCUUUCUACUAUGCUUAUGGUGAUGGAAGCUUUAUUGCUCAGCUUCAUAAACAGAGUCUACUCAUGCCAUCUAGCUCAAAUAAUAAGCCAUUAGUUCUUAACAAUUUCACCUUUGGUUGUGCUCACUCUACUCUGGGUGAACCCAUUGGUGUUGCUGGUUUUGGUAGAGGUUCUCUUUCUCUUCCCGCCCAAUUAGCUAACUUAUCCCCUGAAUUGGGUAAUCAAUUUUCUUAUUGUUUGGUUUCUCACUCUUUUGAUUCCACCAAACUCCGACACCCUAGUCCUCUUAUUCUUGGUAAAUAUAAGGCCACUCAAUUUGAAGAAGUUUCUCACUUUAUUUAUACUCCUCUGUUGGAUAACCCCAAACACCCUUAUUUCUAUUCCGUUGGGUUGGAGGCUAUUUCUGUUGGGAACCGCCGGAUUCCGGCACCGGAGAAUUUGAGAAGCGUUGACGGACAAGGAAACGGUGGUAUUGUGGUGGAUAGUGGGACCACAUACACCAUGUUGCCGACCGGGUUGUACAGGUCGGUGGCAGCUGAAUUGGAAAGUCGGGUGGGGAAGGUGUUUAAACGGGCGACUGAGACUGAGUCCACCACCGGGUUGACCCCGUGUUUUUAUUUGCAUGGUGGGAAAGGUAGCUUGGGAAUGGUGGUCCCCACUUUGGCUUUCCAUUUUGGAAGGAAUUCUAGUGUGUUGCUCCCUAAAAGAAAUUACUUUUACGAAUUUAUGGACGGUGGUGAUAAGGGGAAGAAGGGGAGGAAAGUAGGGUGUUUCAUGAUGAUGGACGGUGGAGAUGAGGUGGAGAGUGGGCCCGGAGCUACACUUGGGAAUUACCAACAGCAGGGUUUUGAGGUGGUUUACGAUUUGGCGGAACGGCGGGUGGGGUUUGCCCGUAGGAAGUGCGCAACUAUGUGGAAUAAUCUAAACCAGCACUAACGUGCGCCGGUACGGAGCUGAGUAUAUUUAUGGGGGAGUUGACUUUUUGGAGAAGUUGUGUCAACGCAUAAUUGCCGCACGCCCACCCGCACGUGAGGUAAUCGUCAAGUCGUCAAGUUUGAAUGUUUGAUGGGUAGAUGAACAGGUCUUGUUUAAAUUUCAUUUGUGUAGAUAAAAUAAAGUUAUCUUCGUUGUAAAUAUUUCUACUUUUGUAAUUACUUUUUAGUUAUAUAUUCAGAGUUGUUCUUGUAGUUGUAUA